CUCUCUCUCUCUCUCUCUCACACACACACACACACACAUACACACACACACACACACACACACACACUCACACACACACUGUCUCACACACACGCACGCGUGCGCGCUAAAGGAGAAAGACAGUCCCUGUUCGUCCCACAGCUGGAGUAGAGGAGUGGAGUUACAGACAGCGAGUGGAGGAGUGGAGUUGCAGACAGCGAGAACUUCUAUCCAACUCGGGAACACGUUUAACUUCAUUAAUGCGAAACACGGAUAAAGAAAAGCUCGCUAAUGGAGUAUGUUGGCUUUUCCGUGCUGUGGUGGGUCGCUGUCUUCAUGUCUACACUCGGGUUGGAGAGGAACGCAGUUGGUGGGAUGGUACCUGGCAGAAUUAAAAUAAACAAACUGUGUAAGUUCUGCGAUGUACAGACCUUUACAUGUAAUGGCUUUGGUACAUGUCAGGUCAACUGCAGCAUCACCUCUAUCUGUGAAAAAAAUGACGAAGUCUGUGUGGCAAUCUGGAGGAAGAAUGAGGAUAACAACACAAUCGAGACAAUGUGUCACUCUCCAGGAGAUCCACUGUAUGGCAUGUUUCUGAAGGACUACAACAGCAGCACAUGUGAGAUGAAGGAACAAAAGACAGAAAACGGACUGCUCUUUAUCUGUUCUUGUGAUGAGGACGAGUGCAAUGAGAACCUCCUCUUUCCUCACAGCACCACAGACCGUGAGGUGGUGUCAGUAAUCUUGAUCAGCCUGCUGCCUCUGCUGAUUCUGGCUAUAGUAGUCAUUGCGUCUUUCUACUGGUACCGCAUCUACCGGCGUCGCAAGCUCAGCGAGUGGGAGACCAAGAAGCCUUUGAAACGCAAAGGUCCUCUAGACUGCAGCGAUGCAUGCGCCAUCAUGGAUGACGAUCGAUCAGACAGCAGCUCCACACAUGCCAACAGCCUCAACCAUAACACAGAGCCACUGCCCAUCGAGCUGGACAUGCAGGUGGGCAAGGGUCGUUUUGCAGAGGUCUACCGGGCCAAGCUGAGGCAGAGCUCCUCACAGCAGUUCGAGACAGUAGCUGUGAAGAUCUUUCCAUGUGAAGAAUAUGCCUCCUGGAAGAACGAGAAAGACGUCUUCUCUGACAUUGACCUGAAGCAUGAGAAUGUGCUGCACUUCCUCACCGGUGAAGAAAGGAAGGUUGAAAGGCAGUUCUGGUUAAUCACCGCCUACCAUCCUCGCGGGAAUCUGCAGGACUACCUCACUCGGCAUCUGAUAAGCUGGGAGGACCUGCGGAGGCUUGGGGCCUCACUGGCUUGGGGCAUUGCUCAUCUACAUAGUGAUCGCACACCCUGUGGAAGACCCAAAGUGCCCAUUGUCCACCGAGACAUCAAGAGUUCCAACAUCCUGGUAAAGAAUGACCUCACGUGUUGCCUGUGUGAUUUCGGCCUGGCUUUACGACUGGAUAAUUCCUUGUCUGUGGAUGACUUGGCCAACAGUGGACAGGUUGGAACAGCGAGGUACAUGGCUCCAGAGGUGCUCGAGUCCAGAAUCAAUUUGGAGAACAUUGAGUCCUUUAAACAGACUGAUGUCUAUUCAAUGGCUCUUGUGCUGUGGGAGAUCACUUCCAGGUGUAACGCCAUUGGAGAGGUAAAAGAUUAUGAACCUCCAUUUGGCUCUAAAGUGCGAGAGCACCCCUGUGUGGAGAGCAUGAAGGACAACGUGCUUCGAGACCGGGGCCGGCCUGAGAUCCCAAGCGGCUGGACGAAACACCCGGGUGUGGCUUUGGUGUGCGCCACCAUCAAUGAAUGCUGGGACCAAGACCCUGAGGCUCGUCUCACGGCGCAGUGUGUGGCUGAGCGCUUCAGGGAGAUGAAUGACGAUCUGGAUAAGCUAUCCACACGCAGCAGCUCCGAGGAGAAGAUUCCAGAAGACUGCUCUGUGAGCGUCAGUGACGACAAGUGAAAGAGUGGGAGAGUGAGCUAGAGCCCAUUUAACUGUCACUCUGGCAUGGGAGAGUGUUAUCUGUGCUCACAUCAAGUGAUCAGCAAAAGAAGAACAGCUCCCUCCAAACAAUGGAAACUGGAAUGCAUUCAGUAUGUUAUAAACAAUGUGUGCUUGUGUGUGCAGGUGUGUAUCAGAGGCCUCGGGACACGAGCCACAGGGAAAUGAAGUAGCUUUAAGCUUUAGAUGUGUCUCGUAACCAAAGAGUUUAUGCACUUUAUCAGAUUGUUUAUGCAUAUGUAACAGUAAAGAAGCACUGGUGGCUUUAUUGCAAGAGGACGUGGCUGGUGCUUCACUCCUCACCGCUCACUGCAACUCAAACAUUACCUGAGCAGGUAUACAUAAGAGAAUCUAUAUGUACAGUUUGAUUUAGCACUGUCUGUGUUCAUGAAAGAGUGUGUGUGCAUGUAUGAGUGUGUGUGUGUGUGUGUGUGUGUGUGUGUGUGUGUGUGUGUGUGUGUGUGUGUGUGUGUGUGUGUGUGUGUGUGUGUAUGGGUGUGUAAGAGCAUGUUUGAUUCCAUGUACAUAAAAGAAUGUGGUGUGUUUGGUAUUGCUUUAACAGAGGUAUUUUAUUUUUAUUUUACUCAUUUGCCAAUGAAACAAAGCACAGUGUGUAUAUAACUAUUGGAUGAAAAAUCAUGUUACAGCAUUGGAAAGGCCAAAAAAGAAAUAGGACUCUGCUCUGGCACCGAAAAGUAUUUUAAUAAAGCAUUUCCAAAGUCGUAGCUUUAUAAAUAAUAAGGAAAACAGCUAAAUGUGCCUUUCUUUUUGUUUUUAUAAGCAAUAUAUUUGUAAAUCUUUUAAGAUUAAAUAAAUUUCUUAUAAACAGUGUA